UUAGCGCCGGAUAGAGAUCAGAUUCCAUAGUGAAAAUGGACAAUUUUGGUCAGCUGGGUAAUAGUGGGUUUUGAAAAGGGUCAAAGUUUUGCACCAAACCCGGCACUUUUGCUUAUUGAGACUUUUUACUCUGCUGUGUUUGUGUAGAAUGUGUGCACUGGUUUAUGUGUGAGUUAUGUGAAGGUGUUUUAUCGCCAUACUAUACGCCAUACAUACCUCAUCCACCGAUAAGAAGCAGAAGAACCUCUGAUCGUUUUUCCCUGUUUCCCGGUUUUAAAUUAAGUGAAAGUCUACAACUAAACAGUCACACAUAUAGGAGAAUACAGUUAUGUUUACCAUGCUUUCCCGUGUGGUGGUUUUUCGUUGGUUCCUGCUAACGCUGCUGCUGGUUCUGAAGGUGGCUACCGGUCACCCGGAUACAGCGAGCGUGCAGCUUACCAAAGAGAACUUUCAGUCGACAAUCGAUGCAGAAAAUGUGUUCGUUAUGUUCUAUGCACCAUGGUGUGACUACUGUAAGAAGCUAGCACCGAUCUGGGCCCAGCUAGCGGAGGCCCGCAAUAGCGUGAACUCUGCCAGCUCGGCGAAAAUCGCCCGCGUCGACUGCACCACGGACGGUGACCUCUGUACGCAGCAAGAGGUUAGCGGCUACCCGACACUAAAGCUGUUCAAGAUGGGUACAAUCGUGAGUGAAGGCGCAUCAGAUGGGGGAAUCAAAUACCGCGGUGGGCGUGAUCUGGACCAGUUCAACGCCUUCCUCACUGCGCAGUUGGCGAGAACUGCAUCGAGAGAUGAUGAGGAAGUUAGGGCUGCUGGAGCGGACAGUGGGGACGUACACUCCAUCGGCAUGGAUGGUGAAAAUGAGGAGGAGAUUCCCACGCCGCCGAUACCGCUGUCGCCUCUAAUCGAGCUAACCGAAGAUACGUUCGCAAAACACAUCUCCACCGGCAAACACUUCGUGAAGUUCUAUGCGCCUUGGUGCGGUCACUGCACCAAGCUCGCCCCUACCUGGGAGGAGCUGGCCGUUUCGCUCGAGCACGAGCGCGACAUUCGCGUGUCGAAGAUCGACUGCACACGCUUCAGGCCUAUUUGCACCGACUUCGAAGUCAAGGGAUAUCCGACGCUGUUAUGGAUCGAGGAUGGCAAGAAGAUCGAGAAGUACACAGGACCUCGGUCGCAUAACGAACUGAAGCAGUACGUGUCGCAGAUGGCUGGCGGUCUCCAAGGUGCCAGUGCGGAUGGUGCCGACAGUGCUAAGAUGGAAGGAGUAGAAAAGGACAACACUUCAUCAUCGGCGGUGUUGCAGCUCGGUGAGCGCGAUUUUGCGCAUGCCAUCUCUCGAGGCGUCACGGUCGUCAAGUUCUACGCACCGUGGUGUGGUCACUGCAUGAGACUGGCACCGACCUGGGAGCAGCUGGCGGAGAAGUUUACCGGUCGCGAUGGUGCUCGGAUUGCGAAGGUGGACUGCACCGUGGACGGCAACAAGGAGCUGUGCGGCGAGCAGGAGGUCAACGGAUAUCCGACCGUCUUCCUUUACCGCGACGGUGUCAAAGUCACGGAAUAUCACGGGCACCGCUCGCUUGACGAUCUAUAUGAAUUCGUCUUGCAAAAUCUGACCGGCCAACAUGAUGAACUGUAAAAGAGAACCCGGGAGACAAUUUCUAUCCCGGGACAUCAAUCGGCACCAGCGGGGAACAGCAGGUUUGAAACCUCACACAAUAAGUAUGCAUUUUGUCAAGAAAAAAAUCGCCCCGUCCGGUUGACUUUCGACUAUCAGAUCACGACCCCCAGUCAUACGACAGGUCCAUGUUUGUCUGGUUCCGGAGCGACUAUGGUUGCCUUAAAAUCGUAAUUCAUGCUACCGUGGUGUUGCUCAUUAUUGUCUUUAUUUCUGUCCUUUGCAUCGACCUAAUAAAACUAAAUCAUAAAAUUACCUUUAGUA